AACAAGAUUUAGAUGAUUCUAUGAUGGAUAACGAUGAAAGUAUUCAUCAUACUGCUGAAUCAACAAGUGCAAUAGCUCUUCUUGUAUUAAAGAAAAAGAGGCUCAAAAAACCAUCAACUGGCAAAGUUUCCUCUCCAAGCUCUCCUUAUUCAACGCAAUUCACCCCGGAAGAAAUCUUGUUCCUAGAUGAAUUUAAUCAAUUGUAUGAAAAAAGAGUUCAACUAGGUCCAACUAGACAAAGUGAUAUUGCUUCCGAAAUUAGGCAAUUUGCUAAUAAUGCUAUAGCGUUUGGGCAGCCUGCUGUCUCUGGAUUGGUUAGAAAAACCAAAGUACCUAAAGAACAAAGGGCUGUGAAUGCUCUGAAAGCUUGGAUUGAAAGUGGAAAGAAAAGAUUAGGUGUUGUAUAA